ACACACGCACCCCCGCGCGCGCACACACACGCACCCAGACACACACGCACGCAGACACACACCACUGCCCCCGGCCGCGGUUCGGAAAGUCUGCGAGAGACUCGGCGCGGCCGCCUUUUCUCCUGCUCGGAGCCUGCCCCGCGCUUGGCAGCGACAAGCCUCCUCCCAGAACGUCCGGAGCCGAGCUCGGAGAUUCGGCCCCCCCCGCCAUGGGCAAACGCGGCAGGCCGAGGAAAGAGGCGAGGUGCGGGGAGGAGGACGGGCCGGCCGCCUCGCCGGGGCCCCAGCCGCAACUCCAGCCCCAAGCCGCGGCGCCCGGGGCAGCCCAGCUCAGGUGCCCCUUCAGUGACAUCUUCAACACCAGCGAGAGCUCGGUGGAGAAACACAUCAACACUUUCCUGCAGAAUGUGCAGAUCCUGCUCGAGGCCGCCAGCUACUUGGAGCAGAUAGAGAAGGAGAACAAAAAGUGUGAACAUGGCUAUGCCUCAACCUUUCCUUCUGUGCCAAGUCCUCGAAUGCAACACUCAAAGCCACCACGGAGACUGAGCCGGGCACAGAAACACAACAGUGGGAGCAGCAAUACCAGCACUGCCAACAGGUCUACACACAAUGAGCUGGAAAAGAAUCGACGAGCUCAUCUGCGCCUUUGUUUGGAACGUUUAAAAGUGCUGAUCCCACUUGGACCAGAUUGCACCAGGCACACAACCCUUGGGCUGCUCAACAAAGCCAAAGCACACAUCAAGAAACUUGAAGAAGCUGAGAGAAAGAGCCAGCACCAGCUUGAAAACCUGGAACGAGAACAGAGAUUUUUAAAGCGACGACUGGAACAGCUGCAGGGUCCUCAGGAGAUGGAGCGAAUACGAAUGGACAGCAUUGGCUCUACCAUUUCUUCAGAUCGUUCUGAUUCAGAGCGAGAGGAGAUCGAAGUGGAUGUUGAAAGCACAGAGUUCUCCCAUGGAGAAGUGGACAAUAUCAGCACCACCAGCAUCAGUGACAUUGACGAUCACAGCAGCCUGCAGAGUAUUGGGAGCGAUGAAGGUUAUUCCAGUGCCAGUGUCAAACUCUCAUUUACCUCCUAGAAUUCAGCAUGACAAAACAGUGCAGGGCAAAUUGUUCAUUGGGCCAAGCCAACCCAGUUUCUUAAAUUGGGUUCAUCAUGCAGUCUCCUCUUUCAAAAAUUAUACUUGAACAAAAGGGUCCAAAACAGGCCUAUAGAUAAAGUAGACCUCUCCCCCAGGAGAAUCAACAUAUUAGUUGUUAUUCCUAUUGCAAAAAUCAUAAUUUCUAAUGGCAGCAGAAAAUUCACGUGAAUUGUCUUUGAAUUGAUUUGAUUUGAAAGAGGACAUAGGAGAUUCAACCCUCUCUCUUCUUUUCCAGUUUGCUCACACUGCAUUGAAUGGACACAUUUAAGGACUGGGCUUUGAGCCCUUCUUGAGCUUUAUGAUCCUACAAAAAAAAAAAAAAAAAAAAUCAAACCAACCCUUAGUAAUGAAACA